GCCUCCAAAGAAGAGCAUCAACAAAAUGAGGCAAUCGAAAAACCCUCAAAAUCAACCAACCAAGUCGGGGAAAGUUCCGCUAUCCUACCGCCUCUUGUACGGAUGCAUGACACCCCUAACGAGGAGGAAGAGAAGACGGAAGGAGAGAAGUCAGAACGACAUGAAAAGACGCGUGAAAAGGCAAUCAUCAUCGAGAAUGAAAAGACUGAGGUCAUUUCAAAGGAGAAGACGAAAGAAAAGAAGCUGAUGCAAGGAAAUGCGAAGAAGUACAAGGGAGUUAGACAGCGAAAAUGGGGCAAAUGGGUGGCAGAGGUACGCGAUACAAGAAAAAAGAAUCGGAUUUGGUUAGGAACUUUUGACACUGCUGAAGAAGCCGCUUUGGCUUAUGACAAAGCGGUCAUUGAAAUGAGAGGUGUUGAUGCUAUGACCAACAUCCUCAAGCCACCACCAAGGGAACCACCACCAAAGGAAAUCAACUUCAUUAAUCCACCACCAUCUUCAUCUAAAGAUGAUGCUAGGGUUUGAGAAAGAUGAUGCUAGGGUUUGAGAAAUUUAUGCUUUACUGUUUAAAUGUACUACUUUAUAUGAACUAGUAAAUGUGGCUAA